AGUCAAAACAAUCAAUAAUCAAUAAAUAGCAAAACUGUUCUUCUCCAUUUCACUUCUUCUUCUUCUUCCUCUUCUUCUUUUUCUUCCACAACUUCAACUGAAAUUAAAGCACUUACAAGCUUCAAAAACACCAGCAAGAAACAAAAAAUGGUAGAUAGCAACAAAGAUUACAGAUCAGUCGAAGUUGGGAGGAAAACCCAUGAUGAAACAGGCUUCUUCACCAACGCAUGGUAUCCAACCACAAUCAUUACUCCUUGUACUAACAACCCAUUAAAGAAGAGAAAAUGCAACCAUAACAAAGAAGAAGAACAAGACCGGUCUUUGAUAGGACCUUUCACAAUACCACCUGAACCUAACGACGUCGUUGAUGCUUGGAAUGAAGAGGAGAGUGUAUGGUCUACUGGUGUUGUACUCUCUGUUCAGAAUGAUUACUGCUCUGUUUUCUUUAAGGAAGCUCCUGAUAUUAAGGAUUUUCAUUGUUCUAAGCUCAGACCUCAUUGGGAACAAUGGCUUAUUUCCCCAAAGCAGGAAAUACAAUACUCAAAAUUCAAACCAGGAACAUCAGUAGAACUAAAAGAUGAUAUGCUUGGAUUUGCAUGGAUCCCAGCUACUGUUAUUGGUGAAAAGGGUACAAAUUCUGUUGUGGUGAGGUAUAAUAAUAAGAAUAAUCAAGCUGUGAAAAUUACUGUACAACUAGAUAUGAUUAGGCCUAAGCCUCCUCAAUUGAGCAAUGAUGAAGAUUUUAAGUUGAAGGAAAAGGUUGAUGCUUUCUGUGAAUCUAGUUAUUGGUUAGUUGGAACAAUCACUUCAGUUGGAAAAAUCACUUCAACUCUGGUACAAAGAAAGUAUGCUGUUAAUUUUGGUACUUAUCCUAAGAGAAAUGAGAUUGUAUUUGAUCACUCUCAAUUGAGAAGUCACUUGGAUUGGGUAAAUGAACAGUGGAUUACCAACUCAGGGGAGGUUAUAUCCACACCCACUCAACAAAUUCAAACUCAACAAGUAUGUGAUACAGCCGCAAAAGACAUUGAAUCAUCUUGUUCGGGUUCGGAAUUCAACAAUGAUGAAAAUGAAACACCUUGUUCAACGAACCAAGAUGACACUCAAAAUAAAGAGCUGCUAUUUUCAGCUACUUCUAUGAAUGAUGAAGAAGCCAAUUCGCCGAAAGUAAAUGGUAGCUCUAACAUGUUAGUGAAGCUUCAUUAUGAUGAGUUUGACAAUUCUGGUUUGCUGUCUUUUAAGGAGGAUGAUCAAAAACAAAAUAGUAAAAGAAAGAAGAGUAAAGAACAAUAUGAAUUGCAAGCUCCAAAUUCUCAAGGUAACACUAAUGAGGAAAGAAAGAAUACUCCUUUUGUGAAAAGAUCAAAUCUUUGGGCAUUACUUGAAUCAUUGGAAGUGUGUCAAAAACUACCACAGAACCCUCAUUUUCAUCCAUUGUUGAAUGAGGAAGAUGAUGAAAUCGAAUUCGAAGCAUUAGCUUUGAGUCAUAUGGUCAAGUUUGCUUUAUUGAUUGAGAAGGUUUUCAAUUUAAGAGAAGAUGGUAGUAUGGCUGAGAUUGAUUAUUUAAUAGCGGAAUUGACUGAAAUGGGAAAAUUGGGAUUUGAUGUGAAGGUGGUAAAGAAUAAUCUGAAUGAGUGGAGAAUGAAGAAAGUCGAGUUGGAAGAAUUGAAAAUUCAGAUCACAUUGCAUAAUGAGAAAAAGGAGAAAAUUGAUGAGGAGUUGAAGAUACUUGAAAAGAAGCAAUCUUUGCUUAUGUCUCAAAGUGCUUAUGAAGCUUCACAAGUGAGUAAGUUAAUUGCAGAAGCAACUAGGAUUAAUGAAGCUUUUUCUGUUAUAAUGGGAAGCUCCAAAUGCCAACAUAAUCAAUGAAGCCAUUUUCGAUAUCAUCUUCAAUCAAGACCGGUAAAUAUCUUGUGUGUUUUAUUUCAACUAUGUAGACAGACUGGUUGAGUUUUGUUUAUAGAUCUGAUGAUGAUGAACAAGUUCUAACUUAUGUUACUUUUUUUUUCUUCUUGGUUAAUAAAUAUCCUUUUAAGUUUGUUUUUUUA